AUGGCUAUUGGUGUAGGCGAUCUGGAUCUGACGAACUACGGCACUAUACCUAAGUACCCAAGUACCGAUCUGAGUGGAAAAGGUAAAUCCGAGAGUUCGGGUUGUGGGAGGGUUGCUAUUAAUGCGCCGUGGCUGGCUGGGCAGUGCGCUACCAUGAAAUCUACGAGCCCCAUUGCGCGGACACGCAGCGCCGACACUCGCCAUUACGUCGUAGAUGCGGCCAAGCCACAAGAUGCGCGGUUCGGCCGACAAAAAACGUGGUGCCCAGCAAGGCUGCUGGCAUUGGAUCCUGGCAGGGACUCCAAGAGGGAUUAG